GCUAAAUAUAGCUUGAUAUUUAAUCCAACAACUUUACUUUUUGCUCCUUGCCUGUACUCUCUGUACGCCGAUAAUUAAGUAUGAGUUUUAUGUCGUACGACAAUCGUCAUAGUCAAGAUUUUUAAUUUAUUGUGCAACAAGCAGAUUCCAGAACUUCAAGGAAUUCUAUCCAGCUACAGAAAAACUGAAUAAUUAAAAAUAAGCGCAAAAAAGUUUACAAAAAUGUGACGAAAAACAUUAAACAAAAAAUUUAAAAAAGUAGUUAAUAAUUUUAAAAGCAUGCAAAAUAUUUAAAAAUAAAAGUGACAACAAAAACAAAAGCUUCAUUAUGACUGGAAAAUUCAGAUAAAACGACUUUCAGAACUGCAGUAGAGUCGUUUCCAGUUCUUAAAGAUAGUCUACAUUCUUAAUAAGUGAGAUUCUUGUACAAAUUAAAAUAAAUUUUAAAAAUAGUGAAGUUUUGUUAAAUAAAAAAGUGUGAAAAACUUAAAAAAACUGCGCAAAUUUGAGUGAAAAUUCUUCCAAAAAAAAGGUUAAAACUUUUUAAUGAUAAGGAAAAAUUAGUUAAAAGUUUAGAAAUAAGGAAACAAAAAGUCAUUCAAUUGCAUUCCACUUUAGAGCUGCCACUAUAAAGUUGAUAGUCUACUACUACUUGUUACUUAAAUCACAAUUAAGUUUCAAACGUUCAUAAAUUUAAACAUUAUUAAAAACAAAUUGCUGAAUUUUCAAAAAAAAAACUAUAAAAAAACUUCCGGAAAAAAAAUCCUAAAAUCAUGGAAGGAAUGUCAUCAAAUUUUCCAGGAGGUAAUGCAGCAAUGCUUCAAAUGAAUAAUUACGGUAACAUUUCAACACAGCCAGUUCCACAGCAAAAUAAUACAUCCGAGCUAACACCGCAGAAAAAAGCUGUAUUUGAACGGCUGAAAAAGCGAAUGAAUUUGUAUCGAAAACGGCAAAGUGAGACAAUUCCAAGGUUCGAUCAGACAUUUACUGGAAUAUGUGAGCAGCAAAAUGUAGAGACGAAUUUAUUACAAAAGAAAUUUUUAGAGAGUAAAGCAAAGAGAGUGGCUAAGAAAACUGAUAAGAAGCAGACUGAUGUUGUAGGCGGAAAUGUGAUGUCAAAAGCCCAAAAGCGGCCAGCACCAGAUGACCUCGAAAACGAUCCAGACCUCCAUCCACCGACAAAGAUUUCACAACAGCAGCAAAACCAACAAAAUCAACAGCAACAAAGUCAACAAUCAAUGGAUAAUAUGAAAUUCCAAGUAGAAAUUGUACAGCAAUUAGAGUUCACAACAUCCUCUGUAAAUCUUCAACCUCAACAAAUUAGCACAAAUGUGACAGUCAAGACAACAGCGAAUGGGUCGAUGACAACAAAAUAUGAGCCUCAGGAGAUGAAACAGAAAAUGAAUGAGCCAGCAAAAAUGCAACAAAUGGCACCAUUGCCACCGCCAGCUCCUGAUCUUCUUCAGGACUUUAAGCAAGAACCUGACAAUGAAUUUGCGGACUUGGAUUUUGGAGGAAUUGCAAACUUUAUGGCAAAUGACGAGAAUGAAUUGAAAAAAUUGUUCUCAAAUAUUAGUGAAGUUUUUGACACAUCUGAUUUAUUUGACGAUACAAAGCAUAUUAAGCAGGAGCCAAUGAUGAAGCCACACCACCAAAUUCCACAAAUGCCACAAAUAAUGAACCAAAACCUCAAUCCUAUGGCAACAAAUCAAUUUAAUCAAUAUGUGAUGCAAGAUACAAUCCAAAUGCAAAAACCAAUGAUGCAACAAAUGCCACAACAACCGCAGACUCAGCAACAACCGACACAGCAAAUGAGAAUGUAUCAACAGCAAACGAUGCAACAACAAAUGCAACCGGAUAUUACGCCAGCAGCACAAACAUUAAAGAAUAUGGCUCAACAGCAUCAGGUGAAGAGUUCAAUGGCUAUGAAUUAUAUGAGACCAGUCGGACAGCAAAUGGGAAUGCCACAACAACAAAUGAUUCCUCAACAACAAGUACCACAACCACCACAACAACAACAACAGAGGCUUCCAUAUCAGCAAUACAAUGAAUAUAGUCAAUUUGCUCAGCAACAGCAACAGCCACAACAUAAACCACAAAUGCAACUGCCAUUCCCACCUGAGAUGAUUAAACAGGAGAUUAUGAUGCAGCAACAACCACCACAAAUGCAGCACAUAAAUACCAUGAAGCCAAUGAUGAAUCAUCAAAUGAUUCAUGAGGAGCCAAAAAUUCAUCAAAAUUACCAAAACUUCCAAAAUCAACAAUUUAUUCAGCAGCAGCAACCACCACAAAGGACAUUCCAGCAACAACCUCAACCGAAUCCAAUGAGCAUUCAUAUGAAACAGACGCAAAUGAUGCACAUACAACAGCAAGGAAAUCCUGGUGGAAAUAUGCAAAUGCAGGGUGCGCAGCACAUGGGCAUGUCAAUGAAUGAUGGCAACUUUAGUAUGCAACAACAACAGAAUAUGUACUUUAGUCAACAUCACACACAUCAACCAAAUACACAUCCGCAGUAUGCGAAUACUAUGGCGGCAGCUAUGCAACAACAGAAAAGGCAACAACAACAACAACAACAGCAGCAUCAUCCGCAAAUGAUGGGUGAGGGACCAACGCAUACAACAGGCACAUACAACAUGAUGCAGAAUCAGUCGAUGAGUUUUACACAGUAAACUGCCGCAGAUAAAGCCCUAGUAGUGGAAAUGAUUAUUUACCACAAAAAUUUGAUGCCACAUAAGUUCUCGAUUUAGUUUUAAAUAUAUUUAAAAAAAUGAAUUUAGUGACAAAAAAAUACCAAAUGAACAGAGAGAGACAAAAAGGUGAAAAGUAUAUAAAAUUUGAGUAAGAAACUCACACAUUCACACAUACGCAUUCUUAUAUUAGUGAAGAAUUUUGUUUUUGCAUCCCUAAUAUGAGCCAAAAUGAAAUGUGAUAUUUGCACCUCUAUUUAACCAUGAAAAAACUAUAAUUUUAAAGGAAAUGAUAAGUUUAAAAUUUAAAAAAAGGGAAAAGACAUUUUUUAUGAUUUUAUUAAAAAUAUUAUACAUUUUUAAAGGUUUUCGUAGCACUACGUUGUAAAUAUUAUUAGAAAAUUUCCUGAUGUAUGGAAAUAAAAAAAAAACAAUGGGAAACAAAAUUAGAAAUUAAUUUUUUUUGUUUUCAAAACCAAUUUUUAAAAAUUUUAAGUGUAAAUAAUUUUUUGUUCCAUAUAAAAGUUGAUACAAAAAUGAAAAUAUUUAAGUUGAUAUCCAUUGUUGAACAGUGAUGUCACCUCGUAAAGUUGUAAGACAAACCAUAUUUAUAAGGAUUUAAAUUAAAAAGUUAUAGGUUUGUUGGGGUUUUUUUGGUAUGGCUUCUAAAAUUAAUUUAGGAAUUAAUUAAUUUAACUUGUUUUUCAAAACUUUUUGAAAGUUUAAUUUUAAACUUUAAUUUCAAAAAAAAAUUAUUUUGAAAAUUCUUUAAACUAUAUAACAAUAAAUAAAAUAAAUUUAAUUCAAAAACCAAAAUAAAAACUUCACAAACCUAUAGAAAUCAUAACAACCACAACAUUUCAAAAAGCAAAGACCUCAACAUAGAGAAAAAUAUAAAAAAAAUCUUAUAAAAGGUAUAAAAAAACUUAGAUCAGAAUAAUAGUAAAAUUUUUAUUAAAAUAGGUAUAAGGAAACUUAAAAGGAAAUUAAAUUUAGACAAAUUUACACGGAAAACAAUUAAAAUAAUAAGAAAACUUAAAAUUUGUCACCAUUGUCUGCCAUUUAUUAAAAUUUAUUUCAUUCCAAUACAUUCAAAAAAGAUUAAGAAUAACUAGUAAAGGGGUGGGAGGGGGGGGGCGGUAUUUUUGUGACAAAUUCUCGUAUGUUAACAGAAAUUUCUUAAUUUUGCUAGGAUUUUUAUGAACAAAUUCUGAAACUUCCUCAUUCUUUAAUUUUCUACUUAAAAAAGACCCCCUUCAAAUACUUGGCUACGUUCUUGUGGGGGGGUAUACAAAUCAAACAGUGUAAUGGAAAAUAUAAAUCCUCAUAUUAACUUUGAUUGAGUUUUUCAGUAAAACAUUGUGCUUUGUUUCAUAACCCCCUCCCUCCGCGCUUCUUUCUUAAUCCCCGGAAAAGUGGACACAUUUUUUGUUUUUCAGCAAAAAAAUUCUUCUUGAAAUCAAUAAUCCUUGUAAAGUUCAACAAAAUAGCAAAAACAUUAACUUAAAAAAUAAUUCUUAAAUAAAAAUGAAACCAAAUUUCCUCAAAUUUAUUUCGAAUUAAAUUUAAAAAAUUUCACAAAUGAAAUUUAAAAAAAUGUACCAAUUAAAUAUAGUAAAAAUGUAAAUAUCUUCGGCAUCCUAGAUGCUUUUGUUAAGGAUGAUAAUUUCAAAUUUCAUGCAUAGAAAAACCAUUAAAAAUUUUAAAAACAAAAAUUGUUUUUAAAGAUUAAUAUUUUUCAACUGUUUUGUACAAAUCAAGUGUUUUAUGUAAAAUAUUGAUCUUUAAAUGAGCUUUUGUUUUGAAAGUCAUGAAAUUGAAUAAAAAUUUUAUAAUAUUAUGAAGAGGAAAGAUAGGAACAAAAUUUUGGUCGAAAUUAAAAAAAGAUAUUUAAAAAAUUAAAAAAACAAAAUUGAAAAGUUGUUGACAAAUUUUCAUGAGAUAUUUUGAGUCAUUCCAUAAUUUUAUGUCGCAAAGGGCAUAGCCAGAAAAAUUUGUUUUUUAAUUUCAAUUUUUUUUGGAUAGCUUUUUAUUGACUUCAAUGAUUUCUUAAUCUUGACUUAUAAAUUUGAACUCCGCAAAAACUUUUGAAUAAUUUUUAAAAGAAAACAAAACUUGGAUUUUAAAAUCUUGUGAAAAUUUGUCAACUUUUCUAUACAAUGUGGAAUAAAAUUCCUGGCAAGCAGGACUUACAAUGUAAAAUGACUUAAAGAAAUUUGCCAUGACUAUGAAUUAUUUUGAAAAUCAUUUCUUAAUUUACUCUGGUGCCUAAUUGGUCGAAAUAAAAUAAAAUUGCAUAACUCAGUUUAAAAAAUGUCAAAACAAUAAAAAUUUCAUUUUAAAAAUAUUAAAAAAGAAAAAAAAAUAUUUUAUUAAAUUUGACUUAAUUAUUGAUUAAACCUGCAAAUUUUUAUUUUUCACGUGAAAAUGUCGAUCAUUUAGCUUACCAGAUUCCUUACAUUCUCUUCGUAUCGAUUAAACUUCAUCUCUUAAGCUUUCCUUUUAUUAUAAAUAUCAAAUUAUGUUAAUCAAAUAUUAUUAAAAAGUGAAGAAAAUUAAAAAAAAAAUAAUGAAACGGAGGAAAAACUUAAAAAGAAAAUUUAAGACAAAAAGCCAUAAAAUAA